ACACUUGUAUUAUUUAACGGGAUUGAGAAACGGGCGACGAACACAUAAAAGAAAUGCGUGACACAUCACAAAAGAGUUGAGAGUAAGAAAAAAGAAUGCCGAAAUCGCUAACGCCAACAACACGAAGCAACAGUCGCAGAAAACCGCAUUUCGGAAUGGCGGAUCCUGAACGUUCCAACAAACCCUACCGUUUUCUCUCUCUCUGAUCCCAAUCCGAAACCUUUCUACCAUCACAAAACAACGUUUCAGGUAUGGUUGAGGUGUCGAAGAUAUUGUACUUGGUGGUGGUGGAUGAAGGCGACAAGAAAGAGAAGGUGAAGUUGAAGGAAAAGGAAAAGGAAAAGGAAAAGGAAAAGGAAAAGGAAAGGGAGAAGGAGUCGUUUCGUUAUACGCGUCCUGUUCUACAGAGUACACUGCAGCUUAUGGGAUGUAAAGCUCGUCAUGCUUUCAAGAUCAGCCAAAGGGUUUUUGAACUCACAAGGAGUGGGAGUUCUACUGAGGCUUUCAAGUCCGAAGGAAUGGUUUUAUCAGGUUUUGAUGCUUCUAAAGGAAAUGUGAAAAAAGAUUGUCAGGAAGCUUCUGCUUGCCUGAGUAAAACAGAUACGGACAAUCACUUACCUUUAGGAAAAGAUCACGAAAGCACGAGUGUGCCAUUUGAGUUGUACAAAAAGCGUACAACUGUAUUUGUUAAGAGAGAAGCUUUUCUAGAUAUUGUCUGUGAUGUUCUGGCUGAGUACAAGUAUGUGGGUCCAAACCAGAGAGCAGACUUGAUGCUAGCUUGCAGGAUCCGAGAACGGAAGGAAUCUGUGACAGUGCUGUUGUGUGGCACUAGCGGUUGUGGCAAAUCCACAUUGUCUGCAUUGCUGGGAAGUCGGUUGGGAAUCACAACAGUUGUAUCAACCGAUUCUAUUAGGCACAUGAUGAGAGGUUUUGCUAGUGAAAAGGAAAACCCCUUGUUAUGGGCCUCUACCUACCAUGCAGGCGAGUGUUUGGAUCCUGUUGCUGUUACAAAAGCAAAGGCAAAGGCAAAAAAGAAAGCAAAAAAGAUGGCUAGUGUAUCACAGUCACUUCCUAAGGAUGAAGUAACUGAGGGUCACACCUCUAGCAAAUCUGAUAUACAUACAAUGGAGGCUGUCUGUGGUGCGGCCGAACUGUUGAAUUCAAAACAAAUGGCUGUUGAAGGAUUCAAGGCCCAGAGUGAAAUGGUGAUUGACAGUCUAGAUAGACUAAUCACUGCAUGGGAAGAAAGAAAAGAGUCUGUUGUUGUUGAGGGUGUUCACUUGAGUCUCAACUUUGUUAUGGGGCUUAUGAAGAAACAUCCUUCAAUCAUACCCUUCAUGAUAUACAUUACAAACGAGGACAAGCACAUGGAACGAUUUGCCGUACGUGCAAAGUAUAUGACCUUGGACCCAGCUAAAAACAAAUAUGUGAAGUACAUCCGAAAUAUAAGAACAAUCCAGGAUUAUCUCUGUAAGCGAGCUGACAAGCAUUUAGUUCCCAAAAUAAACAACACAAAUGUUGACAAGAGUGUUGCAGCUAUCCAUGCCACCGUGUUCAGUUGUCUACGUAGGCGUGAAGUUGGGGAACAAUUGUAUGAUCCUAGUAGAAAUAUUGUAACUAUUAUUGAUGAUGAAUAUAGAAAUCAAUGUGCUGCCAAUUCUUUGACCUCGAAAGGAAUGUUUCAAUUGAUCCAAAGACAGGGUUCUUCAAGGCAUCUUAUGGCUCUUGUUAAUACUGAUGGGUCUGUGGCAAAGGCUUGGCCUGUUAAUUCAGUGGACUCUAAUGGGAAGCCUAUAUGGGGCCAUGGACUAGAGAAGGAAAUUGGAAGUCCAAUGUAUGGACCCUUGCGGAUUGGUAAGGCAGAACCAGUAAACCUUCAGUUUGGUUUUUAUGGGAUCAGUGCUUGGCCCUCCGAUGGUGGAACAAGCCGUGCUGGAAGUGUUGAUGAGUCAAAAGCUGACGGGACUGACACGGGUAGUAGAUAUGUAUCCUCCUGCUGUAGUUCCCCCAGGAUGUCUGAUGGACCUUCAAAGGAGCUUAAGGAGGAUCUUUCAGUGCAUGGUAGUGAUGAAGAGAUUGAUGAUCAAUUAGAGGUGGGAAGUGAUGAUGAUUUCAGUGACGACGGUGACAAACAUAAUCAUGAGGAGGUAGGCUCAGUUGAUGAGGAAUCAACCAAGUCUGACGAAGAAUAUGAUGAUUUAGCAAUGCAAGAUGUACUUGAAAAUGGAUAUUGUUCAGAUGAUGAUGAAGAGUUCAAGAGUAAAGUCGCCAUUGAUGAUGAGGACCUAGGAACUGAAAUGCAGGGAAAUAAGUAUCGUCAAAACCUGGAUCUGUUCCUUAGAACCAGAAGUGAGCCAAUGCCAGACUCUUCUUUCUACCCAUAUUCCUCUUUGCUUAUGGAAAAGGUUGAAAGGAGACUGCCACCAUCUGGCAAAGCCAGAUUGAGAAAACGUUCUCUUAGUAUUUCGGCAUUGGGGAAGGGUAGUUCAGCAAUCCAGGAUCCCAUUCCCUCUGGAGCUCCUCAAAGGUAGCAUGACACUCGUUCUUUAGUCGAAUUCUUGACGACAAGCCCAACUUUUUCUGCUAUGCCUUUUGACUUUAGAACUUUGUUUCUGUGUUUUAAGUCGACCCGCUGUCUAUAUAGUAACGUCUCUUGAGUUUAUAUCGAAACUAUUUGUUUUGGUAUAGAGGAGCUACUUAAUCAGAUUGAGAGUUGUGAAAAGUAGAUUUUGCUUACAGUCUAGACAAUGAAAUUUGCAGAACGAAACGUGUGCUCUUUUAUUUAAGAUGCAUAAUAGCGGUUUUAUUAAACAAUCAAGUUUCUGUUUUACAAAA